UAUUUAAAGGAUAAAUUUAUGGCAUCAUUUCACUCACCAAAACUCACUUCCCAUUCCCAACACCCUACACUUACACAUUCAAGUAUCAAUCAUCAAUGAAUAUGCAUAAUCACACCGAAAUUAUACAACAAACAAAUAAUACAAAUAUUCCCCUUCACAACCUUAACGAACUAAGCACCAAAAUGGAUUCUAUUCAACGCUACAUAUCCCAAUCCAUCAACACCAACACUCUCCUCCCCAAACAUCACUUAGACACACUCUCCGACCAAAUCUCAACAACCAUUCGCCAAGUCAUUAUCAACGCAACUGCUCUUCUCGCCACAUAUCCUGCAACAACAAUGGUUAAACCAACCACGUGUUACAAGACAUAUGACGAGAAUGAUGCACUACUCACUACAUGUCCUGCAACAAUAACGGAUCCACCAACUAAUUGUUACAGGAUACGUGGUGAGAACAACAGUUGCAUUAAUGAUGCCGUGGCGAAUUCCACGAUAGAUUCUGAUGUCGUGGAACUCGAUGCAGUGGAACUUCUUGCGAAUCACUUUCACUUCUGCGAAAUUUGCGGGAAAGGUUUCACGCGCAACGCAAAUUUGCGUAUGCACAUGCGCGCGCACGGAGACAAAUUUAAAACACCCGAAUCUUUACGUUGCGGGAGGGAAACGCGCUUAUCGGCAACGCGAUUUUCUUGUCCUUUCGAAAGUUGCAAACGGAACAGGUUACACAAGAAGUUCACGCCGUUAAAAUCAGUGUUAUGUUUGAGAAACCAUUUCAAGAGAAGUCAUUGUCCGAAAACUCACACGUGCGAUCGGUGUCGGAAGAAGAGUUUUGCGUUGGUUUCGGAUUUGAAGAGUCACGUGAAACAGUGUAAGGGAGAGUCCACGUGGAAGUGUUCGUGUGGUACCACGUUUUCUAGGAAGGAGAAAUUGUUUGGACACAUGGAACGGUUUGAGGGACAUUCGCCGGCAGUGGUUGAGGUCGGUGAUGAAUCAAUGGCGGCGGGAGAAUGUGUGGGUGAAAUGUUAACUAAGGAAACUGAUUGUUUAGAUGGGUUACCUGAUGGUUUCUUUGAUGAUUUGGACAAAUUUUGGGUCUGAUCAAUUAAUUUUAGAAAAACAAGUUUCUUUCGACCAUCUUUAGUUAGUUUAGUGGUGAUUGGCGCUGAAUUUGAUAGGGAGGACCGCGAUUCAAUCCCCCACAACUACGAUCGGGAGGGGACUAGAACCACUUGAUGUCAGAACUGACCUCCAAACCAGAUUAAACUAGUGGUGAAAAAAAUAAAAAGUUUCUUUGGGAUUUAGUAAAAUUUGAGAUAACAU